CGAAACUUUUAUCAUGUUAUUCGAUGAGGGGUAGGGCUAUGGCGCCCAGGCACCCUGGUGGUUAAGCACCGCAGUUCAACAUAGAACAAUUUCGCUCAUUGCACACUGACCGCUUCUAGCGAAACUGUUCUGAAUUUCACUGAUAUGGGCGGGUGACAUUUCUUUUAUUAUUAGAGUUUUAUUCACCUGCAAAAAGUGAGAAAAAUAAACCAAAAACUCGCAAUCUGGAAUUUUCAGAUUACGAACUAGUACCUCAGAGAAGGGUUUAUUUAUGAACCAGAACCGCGUACAUCUUCGCUUAACAAUGCACUAAGCUAUGAAGGACUUCAAUAUUAGUCCUACCUAAGAGAUCAGAAAAUAAGCUUCGAAAUGAAAUGUAUUAAGAAUCUAACGCUAUGUACCGGUAAAUGAAUUUUUUUUUUUUUUUUUUUUUUUUUUUUUUUACCAUUUUGUGUCUUACAUUCUAAAAUUCUUAAUCUCUAUGAGCCUAAAUAAUUCUUCUAAUUUGUAAUAAAAUAUUAUUAAAAAAAUGUAAUCUGAAAAUUUUAAAUUACAACCUAACACCUCGAAAAGGUUUUCCUUCAGUCGGUUUAAUGAAUAAAGAUAUCAACUGCUCUUAAAUCUGGCUACCACGAUCAGGGCCGGAUUUAAACUUGAUAAGGCCCUAAGCUAUUUAAGAUACGGGGUCGUUUGUAAGUCUGUUAUAGUAUAUUUAUACUACAUUUUAAUUUUUUUCGGGGGGGGGCGCUAUAGCUUGUGUAGCCUAUACGUAAAUUCUGCACUGAUCACGAUUCUAAUCAAAAGCUUCAGCAACCCAGCAUCGUCUUGGUACAUUGAAGAACCGUCUCCAUAGUAACGCCCAGUGGCGCCAUCUGGGAGUGAUCCUCGACAGCAGCCGCUCACGGAGAUGCAGACAGCAUUGGAGGAGGGAAAAAAAGGGUUGACCAGGACAGCGUAAAUCGUACAUUAAGAUGUACCUGUUCGUGGCUUUGAUUUUCUUUGCAAGUGCUGCUUCUCUUACAGAUUCGAAAGAGUGGAAAAUUUUUGAAAAUGGUGACGUGUAUAGCCACAAGAUGCCCGGUGAUCAAGAGCAACACAAAGCUGAUGAAGUUCAAAAAAAUAUAAUUCUUGGAAACCACAGUCCAGAAGAACAUGAAAGGAUUCAACAUCAGCAAGCCAAUCCAUCUCAGGCCCCAAAACUGAAACAAUCUAGGAAGCAUACACCUCAAAGGCACCAUAAGAAAAGUGUAGAAGAAGAAAUGCAUUUGAAACCACUUAAUGAACGACACCAUAAAUUUCCCAAUCCUGCACUUCUAAACAAGAUUUAUGAUCCGAAAUCUGCAAACAUACACCUUAAUAAACAGAAGCUUCUGAGGCAGGUUAAACACGAGUAAUAAAUCACCAUAUA